GCAGUGCGGCGUCAAAACUUCCGGGUUUCUAGUUUAUAAGGGAAGCGUUAGGCGUGAUGCUGCAAACUUCUGCGUUUAUUUACAGUAGUUUAACAGUUCAUUUUCUACGACAGUUCGCUCUCAGCAGUCAGCACAGGAUGGGAAGUUUAAAGAACGAAAACCGGUGCAUUCAUUCUGACAACGUUGAGGAAGUUCAUAACAUCCCAAUGGAUGUGAUUAUUCGACCCAUUCCUCCAGUUCUAGAUGAAGAGAAAGUUCAAAGCCUCAUGGACACUAUAAAUGAGACCUCAGACAUCAGAGUUGUCCCUCCAAUAGAUGUGUUAUGGAUCACAGGAGAAAAGGGAGGUAAUUAUUACUACUCAUUUGGGGGCUGCCAUAGAUUUGCUGCUUACCAGAGACUACAGAUGAAAUCCAUCCCAGCCAAGAUCAUCAAAUCCAACAUUUCUGACCUGCGCACCUAUCUGGGAGCUUCAACGCCCAAUUUACAGUGACUGAAAGAGCCAGGGUAUAGAGGACAUGAUUACCACAUGCUAAGUAAUGAAUGAGUCAUGAGGUUUAGACUGGGUGUCCAUAUCUACAGGAAGGUGACGCAUGCAAAUAGGUGUAAGAAUGACGGGACAAGGAAGUUAACAAGUCUACGUAUACAUGUACAUGUGUUUUCUUUCAAAACUAUUUCCGUAUGUCUUUGCCACGAAUACAUUGUGAGACAAAUUUGAAGAAAAUGUGUAGAAUACAAGUUAUACGAUCAGUUAUUUGACUUACUUUUGACAAAACCCAAAAACAAUGUCAGUGGACGUAUGUGGGAAAAUAUAUGGGUGAAAUUGAUGUUUUGUAAAUAAACAUGGUCAACAAGGAUUACUCCAGCAUUUUUCAACUUAAGCUCUAUCCACUGCAGUUAUAUUGUGUGCAUGAUCGUAAUAGUUUAGAAUCGGCACACAUUUUCCCAAAGUGAGAGAACAAAUAAACUGUUUACUAAAACGUAGUUAUAAUCCAUCCCAUCCCAUCCAUCCAUUUUCCACACCCCUUAUCCUACACUUGGUUGUGGGGAAACCUGGACCCUAUCCCAAGGAGCAAGGCAGGGGACACCCUGGACAGUGCCAAACCAUCGCAGGGAACACUUACACACUACGGACAGUGUGGAAAUGCCAAUCAGCCUAUAACACAUGUUGUUGGACUUGGGGAGGAAACCAGAGUACCCGGAGAAAAACAAGGAAAACACGCAAGCUCUGCACACAGGACGGAAUCAUGAUUCAAACGCCCAAUCCUGGUCGUGCGAGGCAACAGUGCUAACCACUAAGCCACCAUACCUCCCAACAUAGUUAUAAUGCUCUCUGUAAACAUGUAACUGUAUAAUGCAAAUUUAGAGUUUAAUUUAGACUACAAGUGCUGUGCUCUUAACAGUAAAGGUCUUGGGUUGAAACAGCCAUGAGAGAAAGUCAUACCAAAGCUGUACUUAUGAAUUUUAUCUAACUUUCCAACACUGGGGCACUACAAUAAAAACAAAUCUGGUUAACCUUUCCAAAUUGUUUUGUUCUAAAAGUAGUUAAUUUACAAAUUCUUUGUUUAAAAAGCAACAACAAACGUAUUAUUUUUUAAAAUUUAUUUAACAUGGGUAAUCACAUAAUUACUACACAUGCAGUAAUUAUAUGCACUCUGUAGUGGUAGCACUGAUAUUCACCACGAGAUGGUAGUAUUGCUCUGUUUAGUGUAGAUUCAUUUUUUUUUUACAGAUUAAUGUUUGUUUUAUAGUAAAAUAUUUAAAUCAUAUUCAUAUGUGUAAAUAUAAUUCAAGAGGAAACCAAAAAGCUGUAAAAAUGUCACUUAUGCCGAUGCAUUUGAAAUGACUGAAGGACUCAUUUUCUUGUUUCUGAUGUCCAUCGCACGUUUUGUAUUGACUAAGGUGUUUUCCUACAUACUAGUACAGCUUUGUCCCAUCAUGACCUGUUUUUCAAACUACAGUAUCUUUAAAAAAAAAUAAAAUAAAAAAUGACGUGUAUUAUAUAGCA